UGGUGGCUACAUUCCAGCUCAUCUGCUUACUUUCUGUAUAUUGUCCAAUUUAACAAAAUGGAUGUCGAAAUGGUGCAGACGAUAAAUUCUGUUUUGGCUUCAAUUUGUGGUUUAACGUUACACUGCUACAUCCUAUAUAAAUUAUUACGGAAUCAUUCUUCGUUGAGUCAGUACCAGAAUCUGAUUGUCGUUCAAUCAGCUGUAGGAGCAGUUUAUGCGGUAGUACAACUGAUAGCUAAUGAGGUGAGGAUGACAACUUUGUUCGGAGAAACUUCAUUUUUUCUUGUUAUGAUAUUCAACAUCCAUCGAGUCCUGAUGCUAGUCAGGUAUCUUCUUCCAAUAAUACGGAUUUGA